AUGGCUAGCAACAGUGGCCGCGGCAACCCCAUUGGGGCAACCGAAAGCACGCCCGCCCAGAAUGAUGUCACUGCCUCGACACCGGCCGAUGUUGGCAAGGAUGCCGGCGAUUCUGGCGCUCCCAAGGUGAAGACCGAGAAGGAGUUGGAGAAGGAGCGCAAGAAGGCCGAAAAGGUCGCGAAGCUUGAGGCUAAGAAGGCCAAGCAGGCCGCACAAGCUGCUGAGGCCUCUGCGAAGCCCGCCAAGGACAAGAAGGUCAAAGAGAAGAAGCCAGAGGAGGUUCUCCCCGACUACGUCGAAGAAACGCCCGCCGGGGAAAAGAAGCGCAUCCGAUCUUUUGACGACCCCCACUUCAAGGCCUACAACCCCAUUGCCGUCGAGUCGGCAUGGUACAGCUGGUGGGAGAAGGAGGGUUUUUUCAAGCCCGAGUUCAAGGAGGAUGGCUCUGUCAAGGACGAGGGCAAGUUUGUCAUUGUCCACCCCCCGCCCAACGUCACCGGUGCCCUGCACAUGGGUCACGCCCUGGGCGACUCCCUUCAGGACAUCAUGAUCAGGUGGAACCGUAUGCUGGGCAAGACCACCUUGUGGCUUCCCGGCUGCGACCACGCCGGUAUCUCUACUCAGAGUGUCGUCGAGAACAUGCUCUGGAGGCGCCAGCAGAAGACCAGACACGACCUUGGCCGUGAGAAGUUCCUCGACACUGUCUGGGAGUGGAAGGGUGAGUACCACCAACGUAUCAACAAAGCUCUAGCCAGCUUGGGAGGUUCCUUUGACUGGAGCCGUGAGGCUUUCACCAUGGACGCCAACCUUUCCGCCGCUGUCACUGAGACCUUCGUCAAGCUCCACGAGGAGGGUAUUAUCUAUCGUGCCAACCGUCUCGUCAACUGGUGUACCAAACUCAACACUGCUCUGUCCAACCUCGAGGUUGUGAAUAAGGAGCUGACGGGCCGCACGCUCCUCGAUGUCCCCGGGUAUGACAAAAAGGUCGAGUUCGGUGUCAUUGUGCACUUCAAGUAUCCCAUCAAGGGAUCCGAUGAGACCAUUGAGGUUGCCACUACCCGUAUCGAGACCAUGCUGGGUGACAGCGGUAUCGCCGUCAAUCCCAAGGACGACAGGUACAAGCACCUCGUCGGAAAGACGGCUGUUCACCCAUUCAUCGAGGGCCGUGACCUGCCUAUCGUCGCUGACGAGUACGUUGAUAUGGAGUUUGGUACCGGUGCCGUGAAGCUGACCCCCGCCCACGACCCCAACGAUUUCAACCUGGGUCAGAAGCACGGCCUCCAGUUCAUCAACAUCCUCACCGAUGAUGGUCUGAUGAAUGAGAACGCUGGAGCCUAUAAGGGCCAGAAGCGCUUCGACGUCCGCUACUCGAUCCAGGACGCCCUGAAGGAGAAGGGUCUGUACGUCGACAAGAAGGACAACGCCAUGAAGGUACCUCUCUGCGAUAAGUCCAAGGACAUUAUCGAGCCCCUUAUGAAGCCUCAAUGGUGGGUCAAGACCAAGGAGCUUGCCGGGCCCGCCAUGCAGGCUGUCCGCGACGGCCAGAUCAAGAUCCGUCCCGAGACUGCCGAGCGUAGCUACUUCCGCUGGCUUGAGGACAUCAAUGACUGGUGCAUCAGUCGACAGCUCUGGUGGGGCCACCGCUGCCCCGUCUACUUUGCUAAGAUCGAGGGGGAGGCUGGUGACACCGGCAACGAUAAGCUUUGGUUCUCGGGCAGGACCAAGGAGGAGGCUGAGAAGAAAGCCGCCGCCGCCCUUCCUGGAAAGAAGUUCACCCUCGAGCAGGAUGAGGAUGUCCUGGACACUUGGUUCUCUUCCGGACUCUGGCCUUUUAGUACCCUGGGCUGGCCCAACAAGACGUCCGACCUCGAGAAACUCUACCCGACCACCGUUCUUGAGACCGGCUGGGACAUUCUGUUUUUCUGGAUUGCCCGCAUGAUAAUGCUGGGUCUCAAGAUGACGGGCAAGAUCCCCUUCAGCGAAGUCUACUGUCACAGCCUUGUCCGUGAUUCGGAAGGCAGGAAGAUGAGCAAGAGUCUGGGUAACGUUAUCGACCCUCUUGAUGUAAUUUCCGGCAUCAAGCUUGAUGGCCUCCACGAGAAGCUCCACCAGGGCAACCUUCCCCCCUCCGAGGUCGUCAAGGCCACCAAGUAUCAAAAGACAGCCUUCCCCGACGGUAUCCCCCAAUGUGGUGCUGACGCCCUGCGUUUCACCAUGGCCAACGCCACCACUGGCGGCGGUGACAUUAACCUCGACAUCAAGAUCAUCCAUGCGUACCGCAAGUUCUGUAACAAGAUUUUCCAAGCGACCAAGUAUGUUCUGGGAAGCUUGCCGGAAGGCUUCACACCCUCAAAGAAAGGAGGUGCCCCCGGCAAGACACUGGCCGAACGCUGGAUCCUGCACAAGAUGACCACGGCGGCGCGCGACAUCAAUCAAGCCAUUGGCGACCGCGAGUUUUCAAAGGCCACAAUAACCGUCUACCGCUACUGGUACAACGAGCUCUGCGAUGUGUACAUUGAGAACUCCAAGGCCAUCAUUCGCGACGGAACCGAGGAAGAGCGCCAGUCGGCCCUGCAGACUCUGUACACGGCCCUUGAGGCGGCUCUGACCAUGAUCCACCCCUUCAUGCCCUACAUCACAGAGGAGAUGUGGCAGCGCAUGCCGCGCAGGCCCGAGGACAAGACCAAGUCAAUCAUGGUGGCCAAGUACCCCGUGUACGACGCUGUUCUCGACGACCCCGCGUCUGAGAUGGCCUACGAGACGGUCCUUGAGUGCACCAAGGCCAUCCGUUCCCUCAUGGCCGAGUACGCCAUCAAGGAGGAUGUCAGCAUUACCGUCCAGGCCUACAACGAGACGGCCCUCAAGACUGUCACGGACCAGGUCGCGGCUAUCAAGUCGCUGGCUGGCAAGGGCGUCGACAAGGUCGAUGUGCUCGGACCCGAUGCCCCCCGCCCUGCGGGCAGCGUCGCCUACCCCGUCGGCACUGCCGCCUCCGUCUUCCUCUACGUCAAGGGCCGCGUCGACAUGGACGCCGAGAUCACCAAGGCCAAAAAGAAGCUCGAGAAGGCCUCGGCCGCCGUCAAGAAGCAGGAGAAGGUCUUGGCCGACCCCGGUUACAAGGAGAAGGUGUCGGCCCAGGUGCAAGAGGCCGACCUUGGCAAGCUGGCCGACGCCAAGCAGGAGGCCAAGAGCUAUGAAGAAACCAUCCAGCAGUUCGAGCAGCUCAAGCUCGAGUAG